UGAGUAUUGGGUUUGUAUGUUGCAGGCGCUGUCUUCGGUGGAGGGACAGUGAUGUGGGCAAUCGGCGGUCCGGGCUGCUCUUCAACGUGGAGGGCAACGUCCUUGGACUCCUGGCGUCCGGCGCGCGGUGGUGCGGGCUGUUCCUCUACCUGAUGGAUGUCAUCCUCAGCUCGGCGGAUGAUGUCGACUGGUUUCCUCUCGGCGUUCGGCGGGGUGCGGCGCGACUCCAGUCUUGACAUUCUCGGAGGGUGUCCAUAUCCAGUGCGGGAGCGGGCGUAUGGCGAACGGUUAUCUUCUGGUUUUUUAUCCGAGCGACAGUACGAGAGAUGGGGGUUCCUGUUUCUGGGGCGUCGUCGUCCGUAUGCUCUCCCGAUGUUUCGUCCUCCGGCUCUUGGGCGGCCGAUGGAUCUUCCACUAGAAUGCAACUCUCCUCCACCUGCGUCGAAGAUAAAUCAUCCAGUACAUUGGGAUGGAAAUCGGCGGAUGCGGUGGCAGAUGCGGAUGGCGGCGAACAAUCGGGUGAGAUGUCCUCAGUGUCCGACAGACUUGGAUUGA